AUGGUAGAUACGCAACACUUUUGCCUGCGAUGGAAUAAUUACCAGAGCAGUAUAACGUCGGCGUUUGAAAAUUUACGCGACGAUGAGGACUUUGUAGACGUCACAUUGGCCUGCGAUGGCAAGAGUCUCAAAGCUCAUCGCGUUGUGCUCUCAGCCUGCAGCCCUUACUUCCGUGAAUUGCUCAAGAGUACACCGUGCAAACAUCCGGUGAUAGUACUUCAGGACGUGACAUUUAGUGAUUUACACGCAUUAGUUGAGUUCAUUUAUCACGGGGAAGUUAAUGUACAUCAGCGAUCUCUCAGUAGUUUCCUCAAGACUGCUGAGGUUUUGAGGGUGUCGGGUCUUACACAACAAGCCGAUUCAACUGAACGAGAUGAGUUAUCACAAGUGCGUGCAUUAGCAGCACGCACAAAUCAUGUACCACCCCAUGAUAAGUUGUCGGACGAGGGUUUCCCACGUGGUGGUUCUCCACCGACUCCACACACCCCGACACCAACAACAGUACAGCAGUUGUUGCGACGCGCACAAAUACGUAGAAACGAGAGGCGUACACCUGAUGAGCAUGAUGACUCUAUAAAGCGUUCCCGAGUACCUUCACCACCGCUCAACAACAACGACGCGACGCCCACGGAUUUUUCAAUGGUAAAGAACCACUUGUCAGCGAAAGUCGAGGGCAAUGGUUUGCAUGACGAAAACAGCCGUAUAGAGGACAACAUUAAGUGCGAGCCCCUGGAAUUGACCGGAGGAAACGGCGGUACCGGUGGCCACAACGAGGACUCUUCAGACUCCGGAGCCGCGGCCUCUGACCGGCCACCAGCUUCUGCGAGUAGUAAUGAACAUGACCACGAACCGGAACAUCCUUCAACGCCAAACUAUUUACCCGAUAGCAAAUUGUUCACAUCCACGCCUGGAAGUUUUAAUUUCAGUAUGGCUGCGCUUACUACCGAUCACAAUCCGCUAUCAGGGUUAAGCCAUGGAUUACAGACGCCGGAUUUAGCUGGGACUUCACAAGGUAAGAACCACCUAUUUAAUUAUCUUAUUUCAUUGCCCUAUAAAAUCACAAGAAUAUUAUUUAGCAAGGGUGUAGCGAAAAAAUAUAUACUAUUGUAG